AUAUAAUCCCAUCGUGCUUUGCGGUAUCUUGACGUCAGGUCACCUGAUCACUGCUGCACCAAGAAGAAAGAUGUCGCUGACAGACUGGCGAAGGAUGGUGGCUGUAUUAUCCGCCGCGUUUUCCCUCUGCUUACUUGCCUCUACCGGUGUACAUGGAGACAGUUUUACGAUCCUGCAGUCUCCAGAUUUUGUGUCCUUCCAGAAUGGAGAUUGGCCCGUCUCCGGAGAAAAGAUCCCUGACCUGGUGGCUUUAACCAUGGGCUUCUCUGUUCAAGAGGACCUGACGUGGCCGGGCCUCAAGGCUGGCCCGUUGUUCCAGCGUCCUCGCGCCAACGUCCUGGUGGUGGUGAGAGGCACGGAUAAUCUGGCCCUACCUCAGAGGGUGGCCUCCUAUCCCUUGGAGAAUCCGGUACCCUUCACUUUGGAUAGUGUCGCGGAGACGGUACACUCUCUGUUUGCUGAGGACACGCCUGUGGUGCUGCAGUUGGCCCCCAGUGAGGAGAGGUUGUAUAUGCUGGGAAAGGCCAAUGCUGUGUUUGAGGACCUACCCGUUACCCUGCAGCAGAUCCGUGCCCGUUUGUCCCAGGAUGGCUCUGUUUUGGCCUCCCUGCCGCUCAACUCCCUCAGCAGGAAUGCAGAGGCUGAUUUGCUCUUCCUGUCUGAGGUCCAGGUGCUGCACGACAUCACAGCUCUGCUGCAGAGACACAGACAUUUGGCCAAGGACCACUCACCAGACUUGUACUCUUUGGAGUUGUCUGGUCUGGAGGAGCUCAGCAAGCUCUACGGCAAGGACUCUCCCCAGUACCGCGAUGCCUCUGCCAUUCUGGCCUCUGUCCUGCAGAAGUUUGGGGAGGAUGUGUACAGUCUCUAUGGCAACAGCGCUGUGGUGGAAGUUGUUACAGUCAAGUCCUUUCAGGCUCCUUUGACCAGGAAGUCCCGCUCGAUCCUGGAAUCCAAACAGAUUAGUAACCCUGGCAGCCCCUACAACCUGGCCUACAAGUACAACUUCCAGUAUGCCGUGGUCUUCAACAUUGUGCUGUGGCUGAUGAUCGCUCUGGCCCUCGCCGUCAUCGUCGUCGCCUACAACCUUUGGAACAUGGACCCAGGGUACGACAGCAUCAUCUACAGGAUGACCAACCAGAAGAUCAGGAUGGACUGAGUCCUGACUGCCAGCACUCCGGUUGUUCCCUACGGUCCCUGCAGUGAAUGUUUGUUUUUGGUGUGAGGUCUCGUUUAGUGAAAUACAAAGUGUGACCGCUUGAUGGGAGGAAGGAGCGUAAUUUGUUCACUUUGUUUAAAAUGGGAGUGCAGGAUAACGGACAAAAGAAUAUCAACAUUACAGUAACGGCCGUUAACUGUUACUUACAUUAAGUGGAUUGAUAUCCUUCGCUACUGAUACAUGCACUGAACCCAUUCACACUUCCUCCCUUCAACCUCUGCUCACCUCCUUCUUUAAGACUCGAAUCCCUCACUAUGUUUCAUUUGUUUACCUGGUGAUUGCAACUGUAUUUUUAUUGUUAAAAAAUGGUAAUGUAUAAAAAAAAGUGGUUCCUCUGCGAAAUUGUUGUGCUUGUCUUGCUGUGUGAAAUGUUUCAUGCUAAUUUAAAUUUGUGUGUGUGUAUAUAUGGAAUAUACAAAUGCAACUGUAUGAGAAACUGCUGCACUCUUAUUGUGAAAAAGAUGUGGGCAGUAUUUAGUUCUGGUAGGUUUCCACCCUGCUGCCAUUCCAAAUGCUAAAUGCUUAAUAGAUUACAUGAAUAAUUGAUCAUUAUGUUGUAACGAUUGGACAAGCUCUGUAAAUUGCAAUAAAUUAUUACAUGUAUCACCCUA